AGUCCUGCUUAGAGUAGACCUCAAUCUACUUAAUGGCUGGCUCAGGCCCAUAGAUUUCAGAGGGUCUGCUCUGAGUAGACGUUAGUUGGAUACAGGGUCAAGAUAAGCUGUUUCAUCCAAGCAUACUUGCAAUGGUUUGCAUCACGACCCCCUCGACCGCCUUCUCUUAAAAGGCUGUAUAGACACCUCUAUUCACCUGCAGAUUCUUCCUUCUAAUGGCUGUCUCACCUUCCUUUUUGCAUCCCGAGGUGCCGGAAAGAUGUGCCAAACUAGUGAACAUCACAGUACUGGAUGGACACGACUUGAAAGGUGUCAAAGGAGAUGGGCCAGUUACCUUUGUGCGUACCGAAUACAAUGGCAUCGUCCUUGGUGACUCCGCAAAAGUGGAAAGUUCAGCAGAAGGAAGUGCAAAAUAUAAUUUCACUACCACCUUUGACUGCCAGCCUGAAGGGCCACACAGCCUGGAUGACAUUGCACACAAACCUUUGCUAUUCACUGUGACAGAAGUCUUACCAAAGGAGAAGAAGCAGAAGGAAGAGAAGACCAUGACCCUUGGUCAAGCUGUGAUGGACCUUCUACCUUUACUGGAAGGACUCUGUGAAUUUAGUGCAACACUUCCACUAUACCCUGUGCUUGGCUCUCCCCUAGAGACCCUCCGGCCAGAUGCCAAGUGUGUCAUCAACGUAACAGUAUCUGUGCAGGAGAGUCUGCUGUCCCAAUGGCAGCUGUCCGAGGGCAAUCUCCUUAGAGUGACUGUCGAAGGUGUUUAUUCAGUCCCUGAAACGUUCCUGCCCACUGGGCCCCCACAGAACUAUAUGAUCGGCUUGCAAGUGCCUGCUGUUGGCGAGAAAGAAUGCCCCUUCCUGUUCAAGAAUGGAGUACUGAAGUUUGGUGGUGAGAAAGAACCAUUACCCCGGCCCAAAAAGUGGCCGGUCACCAACAUCUUAGCACCAGGGGGGCAGAAUAUCCCAGACUCCUUUAUCGUUGGUGGUGCUUACGAGGAGGAGGAUGGAGAGUUGAACACACUGGAGGAUAGAGAUCUCAGGAUCCAGGCAGAAACUGUUAAAAAACGGAUUAUGUGGGACUUGGAAAGGCGCUGCUACUUAGAUCCUCUUGCUGUGAUCUGUUUUCGAAAGCGGAUUGCAGAUUGUCGGUACUGGCCUGUGGAGAUGACCAGAGUGCCUGUGGUCACUUCCACCAAAACAAAAGGUGGAAAAGGAGACAAGGGAGGAGGAGGUGGCGGAGAAGAAGAGCAGAUUUCCUUUCAUGGUGUGGCUUACAUCAACGCAGUGCCUUUGCUCUAUCCUGGGGUGAAGCGGAUCCGGGGUGCAUUCCGGGUCUACCCUUAUCUUGACAAUGAGGUGUUUGAAAAGACGAAGUGUCUCUUCAGUCUUUUCCGUGACAUCGGCCACCAGACAGCCCUAAAUAAAUUAGGGCUGCUCACCCCACAUACCAAAGGUAUCCUUGGGAAGACUACAAAGGAAGACAGGCCCACUAAAGAGGUCGUAAUGAGAAAGGCAUCUAAUAUUGUGAGAAGGGACACAUCUGAUACCACAAUUGAAGCGGCAAUAUCUAUAUGCCAGAACAUUGAAGGGCAGCAAUAUAUAGAAAGCGGGACAUAUAUUGUGAUAGAGUUUGCGUUGGACAAACCUUUGGUGCCCAAGCGUUUGCCAGAGGAGCUCGCCAGCCGGGUAAAGGAGAUGAUUCCUCCACGCCCUCAACUCCCUCGAAGGACUGCAGGAGCUAAGAAGGCAGUAGAAGAUUACCACACUCAGGUCACCAGCAUUGCUGAGGCCAUUCUGGAUGAGUAUCACGAGCUGUUUGGCAGACAGUUGGUUGAAGGGUAUGCCAUUGACAGCCACAUCCUGGAGAACCAGAAAUGCCAGCUCAACUAUGAGCUCAACAGCUCUGGGAAAUACUUUGCAUUUAAGGAGCAAAUCAAGCAUGCCGUGGUGAAAAUUGUGCGAGAAAAGUACUUGAAAACAACUGCAUUCGACAACUUGGACCAGCUCCAAGCUUUUCUGAGUGAGCUGUACGUGUACCUGGUGGAUCAGAUGCAUGUUGCUCUGAAUCAGGUGCUGUCCCAGCAGACCCCCAGCCCUCCUCCUCCCAGCUUUACCACCUCCGAGCAGCUCCGUCUUUUUGCCCGCGAAGCCCAGAACAACGGAGACUAUAACUUGGCAGCGACCUACUACCAGGAGAGAUUGUCUCGCGACCGCCAGGAUAUCCAGAGUUGGUUGGAUUAUGGCACUUUCUGUCUGCUGACUGAAAACAAUCUCAAAGCCCAGGAGUGCUUCCGUGAGGCUGUUAGCCUGGACCCCAAUCACCUACCCAGCAUACUGCUCUGUGGCAUCAUGGCUGUGAUGCUGGAGAACUACGAAGAUGCUGAGGUCUUCUUUGAGGAUGCCACCUGCUUGGAACCCUCCAGCAUUCUGGCCUGGACCAUCUUAGAUCGUAGAGUCUUUCAUGCAGGGCUAUUCUAUGAUAUCCAGGAGAAUGACAUUAGGGUGGAGAUGGCAUUUCAGAAGGCUUUCAAACUCCAGAAGGCUUCUCUCCAGAAGGAGCGACCUCCACCUGAGGUUGGAGAUGCAGCAGUACGAAAGGUCUCCAUGUCUCCUUCAGCGGUGGAAGUUCUUUCUGUUUCAGCGGAGGAGGAGCUACCAUCUGUUGAAGUUUCAGACAUCCCAGAGCCACCCGUAACCAUCCAUCGGACAGAAGAGGAGAAACCUAAGAUCGCCAGAAAGAUGUCCCUGGCUCCCAGUCGAUUGAGGCUGGCGCCUCCGAAAGCGUCUGAUGACGAAUCCUUUCACCGCCUGCAAGAAGAGGAAGGAGUGUCUAAGAUGUCCAGGAAGAUGUCGAUGGCUCCCAGUAGAAUGAAGCUGCCUUCUCUGAAAGAACCCAAGGUUGUCUUUGAAACAGAGCCUCCCCCUCCCCCACAGCCCACCACCACCAUCUUCAUGGAGACGAUUAACUUUUUGAUGGACGUCAAUGCCUUCCAGUUUGUUCACAGGGCAUUGGCACAUGAGCUGCUCUGCCCUCAAGGAGGCCCCAGCUGUGACUACUACCUGGUGCUGGCCCAGACAUACAUGCUCAAGAAGGAAUACAGCAAGACAGAAGAAUGCCUGGAAAUGGCCGUCCAGAUUGAUUACCUGAAUCCAGAGGUUUGGGCUCAGAAAGGGCAUCUCUGCUACCUGACUGGGGACUUUGGCGAGGCAAAAGCCUGCUAUGAGCGGACCAUCAGUUUUGUGACUGAUGCAAAGGAUAUGCAUUUUGUCUACCUGCGGUUAGGAUCCAUCUACUUGGAGAGGAAGGAGUAUGACAAGGCAAAGGACAUCUACCUGCUGGCCAGUAAGAAAUCACCUUCCUGUCUCACAUGGCUGGGAGUAGGAAUUGCCUGCUAUAGGCUCAAAGAGAUGGUGGAGGCAGAAGAUGCCCUCUCCGAGGCCAAUGCCCUCAACAACAACAAUGCUGAAGUGUGGGCGUAUCUGGCUCUCGUCUGCAUGCAGGUGAACUCUCAAGGGCCUUUUAACCCAGCAAAAGACGUAUCUGCUUUUCUUUACAGCAGUGGUGGAAGGCAGCUGGAGGCAGAACAAUCCUACAAAUAUGCUGUCAAGCUGGAGCUGGCCAACGAGGAACUGCUCCAGGAGAUCCAUCAGGUGCAGUUAGAUGUUGGCUUUGGCGAUCCGUCUUUCUGAACUCUUCCAGUUUAUGGACACUUCGACUGUAUUGAGCAGGGGGUGAACAAAGAGUUGGGUGUUAUGCAGUAGCAAGAUAUGCCAGAUUUCUACCACUGGACAGACCAAUCCACAAUGCCCUUACAUUUUUUGCUGACAUUUUUUGUAUAAAGCAGAGAUGGAGAACUCUGUGGCCCCUUCCCUUGAUGUUGCCUGGAUUCCAACUCCCAUCAACCCCAUCUAUCAUAACCAACAGUUAGGGAUUGAUGGGAACUGGAGUCCAGCAAAAUCUGAAGGUUCACCCUUGGUAUAAGGAACCUGGAAUUUUCAGGUGGCAGCUUUCUAAGCAUCUGGGAGCAAAGUGUGAUGUCUUAAGAAAUGCAGGUAUCUUCUUCCGUGGGACAACCCCAUGCACAUGACAAGGAUUUUAAUGCGCAGAGUGCAAAGGCCAUGCCAUCGUUGUCACCUACAUUGUUACAACUGCACAUUCUGUUCAGGAGAUGCUACAUCUCACAGCUGAAGCAAAAGAACACAGAGGAGAUUGGGUGUGAUGCAGUAUUUUGUACCCGUAGCUUCUGAAACAGUGCCUAUGGGUGCAAGCACACAUACAGAUUUGGAUUGGACUGGAUUGGCUCAGCCACACAAAUUGGUCAUAGAAGGAUCCUGCGAGUGGAGGCUAAAUCCUUGGAGACUUGCAGUUCACAAGAUUGUCUAGGGAUAAGUGGUGCAAAUGAUCCAUUUUUUCUUUUUGUUUUACAAUAGCGUCAUUGUAUUUUACGCUUUGUA